AUGUCUUCAGACGUACUUACAUUCGGGGACUGGGAUGUCACCUUUACAGACGGUGCCGCAGUCUCCAGUAUCUCCUCCCAUAUCCUCCACACCGACUUGCUCCUUAAGAAUCUGAGCUCGCAAGUAACCAACCAGAUGCUGCAAGCGGAAAUAGCACAGUUUGGCAGCGAAGCAUCGGUGAUGCGAGAUUCUCGCCGAAAGCGAGCACGGAUACGUUUCCUCGAUGCAGAGCCGGCUAAGCAAGCUCUUGCUGUCCUGGAUAGCAAACGCUUGGGACCUUCACGCAUUGAAGUGACAUUGGAUAGGACAAAAGACUUGCAGUGGAUCGAAGAUGGUAUCCUUCUCAGCUACGAUACCUGCGAGACCACCGCAAGCGUGUCCUUUCUGACCGCCGAGGAAGCUACCGAGGCGUUGGGGCUCAACAGGAGCAUGUUCCAAGGGAGGCGACUUCGUGUUACUCAAGAGUCUGAGACUCGUCUUCUUGUCGAAGAACUUCCUGCCAUCUUUGACGAGGACGACCUCUUGACGUUCUUCGGUGCCCAAACUAUCGAAAUCACACGCGACUUUGGCGAAGACUCGGACAUUCACGCCCUCUUACAAGCUCUAAUCAGGGAACAACCCGGCUGUGCUUCGCUGCACGUCGUGCCUCUCCCUGCCGAACUAGGUCGUGGUGCAGGCUGGAUACGGAUGUAUAACGAAGAGCGGGUGAAAGAAGUUGCCACCGAGGUUCGUGGGCUACGCCCCAUCUUCCUUGGGGGGAAUGUAGUACAGGCGCAUCGUGCCCAAUGCUUCGUUUGGAAGGUAUCUCCCGAACACAUCCACGCCGUCUAUUCCCUUUUGGAUGAAUUAGAAAUAGAGGGAGCCUAUCUCAAGUACGAUGCCAAGGCCACGGAGGAGCAAGAGGUUCGACUGGUUGCCUCCGACCUGAGGAAGCUCAGAGCAGCCCACUGCAAGAUCGACGUUAUUAUCAAUGGGAUGGUCUGGACCAAUGGUGGACCAAUAUGGGAUAGACACUGGGUCUCGGAGGAAGGUCGUGCAUUCAUCCAAGAGGUGAACCAGGUUUCCACUGCAUAUGUCCGUGCAAACAUGUUCGAAAGAAUAGUUCGGAUAGCAGGCAGAGAAGAGGCAAAGGAUUGCGCCAUCGCAAUGCUUCAGAGUUACCUGGACAAACUCGACAAAGAGCGACAUUUGAUCAAGCUGCCCAAGGAGCUCAUGCAAGAGUUCAUUACACACGGGCUUCCUCGACUUGGGAACAGUCUCUACCACUUUGACUCGACGAUAGGAAAGCGGCAAGACGUCGAGUUCAACGGGAGCGAUGACGCCCGCCAACAGCUAUACCUCGUGCUCGAUCAUGCGGCCUGCGCAUUUGCGUAUACUGAAGCCAUUGGGAGCGAAACUGCACGCCAAGUCUGCUCUGGAAUGUACGGAGGGUCGAAUGCCUACAUAAAUGUGACUUUUGAUUCCUCUUCCGCGGGCCAAAUAGCUAUGGCCAUCUACGAGUGGAAGGACGUAAUGUAUCUGGGAAAAGUGACUAAAGGGGAUGAACUGCUUCCUCAGAAAACGUACAUCUGUACGACCGAUGCAGUCAAUCAAGGAUAUUGCAAGGACCAAGAACUAGGCAGAUUCAUCGUCACCUUGCCCGACACGGCUAGUGCUCACAACACCAGUAUCUGGACAAGACGAGUUGUGUUUCCUAACCAGUCGAAAUCGGCAACGACCAAGGAUAGUGUCAGUGCUGAUGCUGGCUUCUGGGAUAACCCCGCGGGGAACCCAGAACUCCCUCCAGAGGCCUCGGAAUACAGCAGCCCUUGGAAGCGAUCACCCGUAUAUACUGAAGGCGGCAACACCACUUACGACGACGAUACGUUUCACAUUAUGGUCUCCAACUCGACGUCGAGCGGCGAAGGCGUUUUGCACUACAAGGAGACUAUCCACUAUCCGGUUCCGAAUACGGGCUUCUAUUGCGUGGCGGCUAUCCCUUUGACUGUGGCGGACAGCCAAAAGCGACAGUCGUCUGGUUCCGGAGCGAACAUCCCAGGUCAUCCAUCCUACCACGGGACUGUUCUUUUCAAAAAUACAUUUAAAGGGCAACUAGCCGCGGCAGAAUACCCCAAGAUUGAUUUCUAUCUGGCUUUGACCAUCAUUUACACGAUACUGGGGGCUGCGUGGGGUUACCUCUGCUUCCGACACCUUGCAGACCUAUUGCCGAUCCAGUAUUACAUAUCAUACCUUGCUGGAUUCCUCGUAAUUGAGAUGCUGGCAAACUGGGCAUACUAUCGCUUCGUCAACGCACACGGGAUGGGUGUUUCAACCACCAUCCUUCUUAUUGUCGUCACGAUUCUGGACGCUGGACGCAACGCGCUUUCCUUUUUCCUCCUCCUCGUAGUUUCGCUUGGUCUCAGUGUCGUUCGUGACACUCUAGGUCCGGCUAUGCGACGUGCAAAGAUUCUCACCGGCUUGCAUUUCGUUUUCGGAGUGCUCUAUUCGAUGGGCCUGGUGUAUCUGAGCUUGGAGGCGACCGACGCUUUGAUAUUGCUUAUGUUCGUCAUUCCGCUGGCGUUCACUCUAUCUUCGUUCCUUCUCUGGAUCAUGCACGGACUUGCCGGUACAAUCGCAGAACUGAGACAAAGAAAGCAACGUUACAAGCUUCGCAUGUUCCGACGACUUCAACUCAUCCUGAUCGGUGCCGUCAUCGUCAUUGGAGCUUUCUUUGUUCUUUCGUCUUUUUCAUUCUCCAGUAGGACAGAAGAAGACUUUGCUCCGAAUAGCUGGAGAUGGCGCUGGUGGCUGAUUGACGGUUAUUUGGCGCUCCUCUACCUUGUCGUUUUCUCUUCAACAGCAUACUUAUGGCGGCCUACUGGCUCGAACCGGCGAUUGGCAAUGUCUGAUGAGCUUGCACAAGAUGAAGAAGAUGCAGAGGAUUACGACCUUGAGGCGCUCGAGUCUCGCGGGCAGCCUCAUCCACUCAAUGCGGACGGCAUUCCUGAAGCGCCACGAAGCGGCCGUCGACAUGUUGUUGGAGAGGACGAGACGGUGUUUGAGAUUGGUGAAGACGAUGAAGACGAGGAUGGGCGCCAUACCGGUCGAACCCCGACAUCGAGGCGUACACAGAGACACAGUGACGAAGGUCCACGGGAGGAGCACGAGCAGGAGGGACUCAUUUCUGCCCAACGAUCCGCACACUAG